UCAACCUCGCAUGAUCGAUUUGCUGUUAGAAAACCGUCCCGCUGGAAGGGAUACACAGGCGUACAACAAUUGGACAGCGGACCUUGAAAAGCGUGCUCAGCUUUCUAGCGUACAUGAUCCGCAAAUGUCACGGGAUAUCAGUGCAUGCGCAGUAUAUUUAAAUGUGUAUAACUCGGCGAUAGAAGUCAGCAAUCUACUUCAAAUCACAGAUGUAGCCAGGUAUCUUGCAGAGAGGCACAGUCGAGGAGCGGAGGGCCAUAAUAAACAUUCCAAAAUGGAAAAGAAGUUGUUUGACAAAUUGAAAGACGUACAGAAGAAUUUAAUAAAGCUGAGAAACGACAAAGAUGCCGCAAAUCCAAACGUGCAGACUGUGAGCGAACGGCUUCAGACGAUGAUUUUAGAAAAGGGAGACGCAUCACGUGCGAUUGUAUUUGUAAAGGCAAGAGCUUCAUGCCACGCGCUAGCCCAAUUUUUGGAAACCGAUCUUAGAAGAAUCGGUGCUCGGGUCAGUCCAUUUUAUGGUCAGCAAACCAAGUUGGCAGAUGAAGGUAUGACUGAAAGUGCUCAGAAUGAAAUACUGCAGACAUUUCGGGACGGUUAUUUCAAGGUGAUGGUAUCUACGUCAGUGGGUACAGAGGGCAUUGACGUUCCGGAUUGCAACAUCGUCAUCAACUACAACUAUUCUGGGAAUGAAAUCACCAUGAUUCAAAUGAAAGGUCGAAGCAGAAAGAAAGGAGCAACAAUUACUGUAAUGGGGGAUGAUAAGCUAUUGGAACAAGAAGAGAUUAACGCGUAUAAAGCAAACAUGAUGUAUAAAGCUAUUGAGGAGCUUAAUAAAAGUGAUUUACGCAUUGGGCAAAAAGUUAAGAAUUUUCAAGCUGAUGAAAUGCAGAAACACCGGACCAAAAUCGAGUACGAAAAGGCAAAGACAAGUAGAAGAAGUCUCGUUGACCUUGAAAUUAUGUGUCGGCAUUGUAGUGCAUUUGCAUGUUUGGUUUCUAAUGUUCGAAAGAUCGGAAAACAUCAUUUUGUUGUAGAUAAGGAUUUUCCAUCAAAGGUUACGACAAUGCCUCAUAAGAAUCCAAAGAAAUAUGAUCAAUUUGACAAGAAGCUUAAAAUGAAUUGCAAAAAGUGUCCAUGGGAAUGGGGUGUAGUUUCCGACCGAGAUGGUUUCUACUAUUACACCUUGAAGCUUACGUCGUUCAAGAUGAAGAAUACCCUAACUGGUGUCAUUUCGCAAUAUAAGCAGUGGCUGGACGUGCCAUAUGAAGUACCAGAAAUAGGAUUGGACGAUAUACCUAAAUUAUAUCAGAAUGAGACUGAAGCAAGUGUAUCUGGCCAAUGAAAUGCACAUUAAAGGCGUAAUUAAUAUUUUGUCUGGAUUACUUUUGUAUAGUUGUGUUAUAAAUACAAUUAUUGAUUAUAUGCAUGCAUUUUCUAAACGAGUUCACUGACAAAUUAUACAGUUCAACCUAUUUCUGUUUCAUGGUAAAACAAAAAUAAGUGCUUGACAGUGUUUUUCUCUGACGUCUGACUGGAAGACAGUUUUACCGCCAUGAAUUCCUUAAAUGAAGACGUUAGCUUGCCAACAAGAUAUUGUUGAAAGUUUUUUUCAUAAAAUAAUCGUUUUUGUUAUUUAGUCAGAUAUUCAGUUUUGUACGUACCUGUAGAUACUUUUUCGAGGGUACCAAUAGAUAUUUCCAUAUUUAAUACUGUGGCAAAACUUUGCUUAAGAUAAGUAGCUGCAUAUGGUAAAUUAACAACAAGUUAUUGAGUGUGUUUGAUGAUAAAAGUUCGAUGCUAAACGAAGAAAAAUUGCACCUUUGCCAGUCAUAUGCAAGCGUGAGUUUAUCGAGUCGCUUUAACAAAAUAUGGCAUAAACCAUACAAUCGACGUUACAAUGGUAAACGUGUUUUUCUUUCGAUAUUUUAAACAAAUAAUAAAUUAUUAAUUGCCUUCGAAGAGCGCCGAAUUAAAGCAAACAAAAUGUAUGUUUAAACAUCUUUGAAAUAUGUUCACAUUAACAUCGGUUCCUUGUACAGUCGGUUGCACCAAAAUAGUCGUUUCCAUUAAAUGUAAUGUAGACAACGAAUAUUUAUAUUGGGUUGUGUAUUAUUUUUCAAUUGUUUUAGUUCAAUUUAAACCUAUUUAUUUUAGCUCGAUUGCAUUUGAAGUACUUACUUUUUAAUUAAAAUGUUCUCAAUACCGUUUCCUUGAACUAGAACAAGUACUUGGUGUCCAAGUGGGAGAUCUAAAGAACCCGUGGGAUUGAACCCGUGACCUCCUUGUCGUUAGGCGGACACCAUAUACAUUACGCAUAAUUUCACAACGUGUCUAUUUGUCGUAGGCGAAGGUAGAUCUCACUUCAACCACUAUUUACGAAAUCUGAUGAAAAUGUAUGCGGAAUAAUUAUUUAUGUAUACAACUAUUCAAAAAGUCACGCGAUCGAAGUGUCAUUGCAAUGAAAACUGUAAAGCAUAUAAGUAAACCCCUACAUUUUUUUAGAAUUUCACCCGAAUUCAAAACCAUUAAUUCUUUAUAACAAAAUAAAAUUAAAUAUAGUUAUAACAUAGUUACCGGUAAACAUAGAAAAUACGGCUUGACUAAAGAGAAUUUUCUAAUUAGUUUCCAUUAUUACUAUAUACAAUACCAAAGCGUGACAACAAGAAAGUUGUUGUUAUUAUUGGCGAUUUGGCUGAUAUCAGACCUUAAAUAAGCCAUUGAAACAGGUAGACAUAACAAUAUAGAAAGAUCUUAUGUACAAAAUGUCAUGUCAGGGAUAUUGAAGACGAGUACCAUUUCAUUAUGAUAUGCCCAGCCUUCAAUUCACUGCGAAAAGAGUGUAUCAAAGCAUACUACUAUAGAAAACCAAGUAUGUUUAAUUUUGUUGAAAUAAUGGGUUCAUCAAACAAACAGCAAAUGAAAAACCUGAGCAAGUAUAUCUGUAGAGCCCUAAUACAUGAUCCAACAUAACUCAUCCUGGACAUAGUUGUCUAAAUAUUAAUGUAUCUAUUCCUCUUCAUCUGUAAGUGUUGUGUUGUGUUGUGUUGUUGUUGUUGUUUUUUUACCAACUCCUCUUGUCUAACGUUCAUUUGACUGUAUUUGUUUAUGGUUUUCAUCCUCUGUCAUUUUUGUGAAACUAAUCGAAUAGUAUAUUCGCAUAAAAAUCAACGCAUUUUUUGUGCUACCUAAUAUUUAAAUUCAAUUUAUUCUUUAGUGUACUUGCUUGUCUGACAAAACGCUGUAUAACUCAUUUUUACCUUGCACUAUGUUAUAGU